AAUGGACAUCUAGAAAAGUGAUAAUUGAGGCGGAGGCAAAGGAAGUGCAAGGAAAGCAAUAUAUGAAAAAUAACAGUAAUUGGUCCAUGAGGAGGGAAGAGAAAAAUUAGAAACAAGGAGGAGGAAGGAUAAAACACGAAUAGAGGUGUAUAAGAAGGGAUAUAAACUGCAGAAAGUCACAAGAAGAGGAAGAAGAAGGGGAGGGGCGUGAAGUACCACCACCAUCACCGCUUCCACCACCAGCAGCACCACACCUGCCGCCUCUCCUUCGCCAUGGACAGCAAAGGCCGGAAGAUUGUCGUGUGUGAUAAUGGCACGGGGUUUGUCAAAGUGGGAUAUGCCGGCUGCAACUUCCCAGCCCACAUCUUCCCCUCAAUGGUGGGCAGACCAAUCAUCAGGGCCACAAACAAGAUCGGCGACAUUGAAGUGAAGGGAUUUAUAGGUGAGUGGGCUCAUUUCCCUGACCUAAUGGUGGGUGACGAGGCCAGCAAGCUGCGGUCCAUGCUGGAGGUGACCUACCCUAUGGAGAAUGGCAUUGUGAAAAACUGGGAUGAUAUGUGUCAUGUGUGGGAUUACACCUUUGGCCCUGAGAAGAUGAAUUUGAAUCCUCGGGAGUGUAAGAUUAUGCUGACUGAGCCUCCCAUGAACCCCAUCAAAAACAGGGAGAGGAUGUUAGAGAUGAUGUUUGAGAAGUACGGGUUUGCUGGUGCCUUUGUGGCCAUCCAGGCAGUACUGACCCUGUAUGCCCAGGGCCUGCAGUCUGGGGUGGUGGUGGACUCUGGUGAUGGUGUAACCCACAUCUGUCCUGUGUAUGAGGGCUUCACACUGCCACAGAUCAGGAGACUGGAUAUUGCUGGACGAGACAUCACCAUGUACAUGAUCAAGUUGCUCCUCUUGAGGGGCUAUGCCUUCAACCAUUCUGCUGACUUUGAGACUGUGAGGAUGAUGAAAGAAAAGCUGUGCUAUGUGGGCUAUAACAUUGAGCAAGAGCAGAAGCUGGCCACCGAGACCACCGUUCUUGUUGAGAACUAUCAGCUUCCUGAUGGUCGUGUCAUUAAGGUUGGUGGGGAGAGGUUUGAAGCUCCUGAGGCACUGUUCCAGCCACACUUGAUCAAUGUGGAAGGCCAGGGCAUUGCUGAGCUUCUCUUUGAUACCAUCCAGCGUUGUGACAUUGACAUCAGGCCAGAGCUCUACAAACACAUUGUUCUCUCAGGAGGCUCUACUAUGUACCCUGGGCUGCCUUCCCGCCUGGAAAGGGAACUGAAACAGCUCCACUUGGAAAGAGUUCUUAAAGGAGAUGUGGAGAGAUUAUCGAAGCUCAAGAUCCGUAUUGAGGACCCUCCAAGGCGGAAGGACAUGGUGUUCAUUGGUGGUGCGGUGCUGGCUGACGUGAUGAAGGACAGGGAUAACUUUUGGAUUUCCCGAGAGGAGUACCAGGAGAAAGGGGUGCAGGUGGCUUUGGAGAAACUCAUGCCUGGAGGCACCUCAUAAGGAAGGUAGCACUAGGAACAUAGUAGUUGUCUGUGUCAUUGUUGAUGGUGAAUGUGAUGUCACAUCAUACAUACUUUGCUCUCCCAGUCUUUUCAUCUCACUCUGGAUUUCUGCUCAGUGAGUGCAUUCAGAUCAGUUUGAAGUUUCAAGCACACUAUCCCAGAGUUCUGUCCCUCCUUUCAAACAAACUCAUUUCCAUUACUGGAAUGUGUAGCUCAAACUGUUUACCUAUCACACAUUCUUUAUGAUUAGAUUUAAAAUAUGAACUUUCUAAAAGUGCAUUUUCCAGCCAUGGGAUUGUAAGUGUUAUAGACCCAUUGCAGCCUUGUAGGGUAAUGUAAAUACCGUGCAUACUGUCAGUAUGAGAAAAGACCUAGUCUUUGUCAUAUUAUCCCUACUACAUGGUAGUAAUUUAUUAUCAUUCUAAGUCUGGUAUGUUUGUAAUAACAGAAGAUGCCUUCACAGAAUGGGACAUGGAUAAGUCUUCCGCCUGAAGUGCACCAGGGGUGGGUAGAAACAGUUCUGGCAGACGUAGACAUUUGCCAGGUUUGUUACAAGAGAACUUGUCAAAAUAUCACCUAUAGACAUUAUGUGUACUUUAUAUUUGUCUUAUUGAUAUAUAUUUUUCUGAUUGAAUGAAUCUAGUAGUAGUAUUUAAUGCAAAAUACAGUAAUGCAGUGAAAACUCUGACAUUCAUGAUUUAAAUUUAAGUUUCAUUCAGCAUAUAUUCUGUAAAAUCAUAAUUCUUAUUAUGUAAUGCCUUUAUGCAUAGAUAUAUCAGUGGCAAUUAUUAAUGCACAAAAUAUUUUCUCUCUCUCUCUCUCUCUCUCUCUCUCUCUCUCUCUCUCUCUCUCUCUCUCUCUCUCUCUCUCUCUCUCUCUCUCUCUCUCUCUCUCUCUCUCUCUCUCUCUCUCUCUCUCUCUCUCUCUCUCUGUGUGAGUUUAAAAUGGUCUUUACUUUCUUAACUAACUUUAUGUCAAUCAUUUUGGAUUUCAUUUUAAUUUAUGUGAUAUUCAGAACAAAUUGUUGAUAAUUCAAACCAUUAUAAAAGAUUAUUUUAAAACAGGAAAUUUUAGUAAAAUUUGGGUGUUAAAAUGAUGAACCUAUCACUGCCAUGCUAAUGUUAUGCUGGUGUGUGCUGCAUAAACUGUGGCAUUCCUAUUGUGCUUAUUCAUGCAAUCUGCAAAAACCUAUGCUGCUUCAUUAUGCUUAAGUUUCUAUGCUGUAUAUAUGUGUUGUUACAGAUUUUUAUUCAUAAGUGAACAAGUAUCUAUUUCAUUAUGGGCAGGAAGACUCCAUACAUCAAACUUUUUGGGUUUGACUGAUUUCCCCCAAACACUGACUGUCCAUCCAAACAUGUCUGUCUAUAUCUGAUACCUAUUCCUAUGAGCUCUCCCAGGGGAGGGCUAACAGGAAAAUUUCCAUUUAUUUCUGUACAGCAUUUCCUCUUUGUAUGGUGUUCUCCUUUCAUUCUCAUUUUGAGGUUAAUAAAAUCCUGAAAUGUUA